GCAACAAACACGUAAAUCUACAGCAAAGCUCCGAAUUUAAAACAGUAACGAAAGCCUUGUUAACAGCGUUGUCAGGCUGCACGCUGUUCUCGCUGCUCCCUUACCAUCACACUCAUCAAGAAGCACCUUCGCUGCCGGACACUUUGACUUGUAGCGGUUAUCGCACAUCUACAUCUACUAACAAGUCGUUCUUUGACCUUCCACACCUAAAAACAAACAAACAAACCAAACAGCAAAGAUGCCGCUCCCUCCUGUCGAGUCGGGCCCGGCGGGCAUGACGCGCCGCCACUACCUGGUGGAGACGAACCGCCGCCGCGCUGCGCUCUACGAGCCGACGAAGCAGCAGCUGGAGGAGGAGGACCUCCGCCAGGCCACGCUGCGGAAGGAGGAGAAGCUUCAAAAACAGCAGGAGUGGUCUCAGUCGCGCAAGAAGGCAGCGACGGAGGACUUGACGGCCACCGGCGGUGGUUGUGGUGGUGCCGACAAACCGCCAAGCCGUCCCCUUCCCGGGGCCAAAACACGCUCCUUGCGCGCCACUGGCGAGGCCCCCGCAAGCGAGAACACAUAUAAGCUUGAAAAGGAGGAGGAGGCCGCCAAGAAGCGGGAGUACAAUCGCCUCUACGACGAGGAGGCGAAGCGCGAGCUGGAGGAGCGCAAGGCGACCUUAAAGAAGAUGCACGACGACGAGGCGGCGCAGAUGAUGGCGCUGCGGGAGGUCAACGCGGACGUGGACCGGCGGCUCGCCGAGGCGCAGGCGCAGGCCCGCGAAGAGGAGCGCCAGUAUCUCGAUCGCCUGAAGGAGUCCAACAAGCGUGAACUGGCGGCGAGGAAGGCGCAGCGCGAGGCCAAGGAAGCGCAAGACCGCCAGCUGCAGGAGCUGGUCAACGAGAACAAUCGCCACCGGGCGGAGAUGGACGAGCGGCGGCAGAAGAACGUCUCAAAAAUGAUGAAGCUGCAGAACGAGCAGUUCCACAAGGACUCCAUGAAGACCAAACAGGACACAGAGGCGAGGCAAAGGGAGGAGAUGGCAGCGAUGGUGGAGCGAGACAGGCGCCUGACGAAGGAGGAGCGGGAGGCGGCGCAGCUCAAGAAGGAAACGUUCAAGCGUGAGUUUGAGGAGUCUAUCGCGCGCGACAAGGAGUUCCGCCGCAGGAACAACUACGACGAACCGGCCGAAGUGACGCGCCAGCGCAACGAGUUGGCUGCGCAAUCCAACCGCAUAAUCCGCCAGGAGGAGCGCCUACGCGAUGCGGAGCGCAAGCAGCAGCACCGGCAGGACUUGAUGGAGCAAAUUGCGGCGAAGCAGGCGUACCGGAUGAGCCAUCUGGACGAGCCGGGCAUGUAG